AUGUUGCUCGCAGUUCUAGUAUUCAUCCUCGGCAGUUGCAUUACUGUGCUGCUGGUGCGCGAUUACCAUUCGAAGCAAACGGAUGGUUUCCGAGCUGCCAAACGCUAUCCCGGUGGAAGGAUGGUACCGGUGCUGGGGAACCUACUGGAACUGUUGUUCAAAAAUCCUGUUCAAACGUUUGCCUACGCGCGUGAAAAUGCGACCCGCUAUGGUGAAUCCUACCGGCAGUGGAUCGACGGCAAGGUGAUACUAAACAUUACCCGCACCAAGGAAGCGGAAAAGAUCCUUGCCAGCACGCAGCACACUCGCAAAAGCAUCCUGUACAAGUUUCUUCAUCCGCUCAUGGGCGAUGGGUUGCUGUGCAGUAAGGGCUCCAAAUGGCAGCAGCGGCGCCGCAUACUUACACCGGCAUUCCACUUCAACAUACUGCCCAAGUUUCUAACCAUCUUCCAGGAGGAAAGUGACAAACUGGUACAGCAGCUGGAUCGCUUUGCCGAUGGCGUGCAGGACAUAGUGCUACAGCCGAUCGUGACAAGCUUCGCGCUGCACACGAUUUGUGAAACGGCUAUGGGUGUGAAACUGGAUGCGUACAACGAAGCGGAUCAGUACAAGGCGAAGGUGUACGAGGUGGGUGAAAUGUUGGUCCAUCGCACUAUGUCGCCCUGGCUGUACAACGAUCGUGUCUAUCGGCUGCUAGGGUACGAUGGACCACUGGCCGAAUCAUUGAAACCUAUACAUCACUUCACGCGUAGCAUCAUACGCCAGCGUCGACAAAACUUCCAAGCUCAGGCAGCGUCCACUCCGGAUCCGAACAGCGAGGAUAACAUGUACUUUGGCAGCAAGCAACGGUAUGCGAUGCUGGACACGCUGCUAGCCGCUGAAGCGAAGGAACAGAUCGACGAGGAAGGCAUCCGGGAGGAGGUGGAUACAUUCAUGUUCGAAGGGCACGAUACAACGGCCGCCGCCAUUAUGUUUACCCUUGUACUACUAGCGAACGAGCAGGACGUGCAGGAACGCUGCUAUAAGGAGCUGGCGAAUUUACUCGAUGGCCUUGGCGAUACUACCGAUCCAACAGCGACCGGUUCUGUGCGCCUUACCGUGCAGGAUUAUCAGCAGCUGCCGUAUCUGGACCGUGUAAUCAAGGAAUCUUUACGGUUGUAUCCACCGGUAGCAUUUAUUUCGCGCACUACCACCGGAGAGCUGGUCGUGGAUGGAACCGUCUUCCCGCACAACACAAUCACGCACGUCCACAUUUACGAUCUGCAUCGAGAUCCGGCCCAAUUUCCCAAUCCAGAACACUUCGAUCCGGACCGCUUCCUACCGGAGGUGGCAGAAAAGCGUAAUCCGUACGCUUACGUACCGUUCAGUGCUGGACCCCGGAACUGCAUCGGACAGAAGUUUGCACUGCUCGAAAUUAAGACGGUACUGGUGGCGGUACUAAACCGCUUUCGGCUGCUACCGGUGACACGCCGUGCGGAGAUCAUCUUCAUGGCCGAUCUGGUACUGCGCGCUAAAACUCCAUUAAAAGUGCGACUGGUGCGGCGGCACUAG